GACAGGACUGAAGCAGAUAGCUUCAAUACCAGUGUGGAAACGCCGGGGAAUCACAGAGGCUCAACGUCGACAUCUGGAAACAUCCUUCGCAGCUGAGUCAUGCCAAACUGGGGCGGUGGAAACAAAUGCGGUGCCUGCGGAGGUACAGUGUACCAUGCAGAGGAGGUGCAAUGUGACGGCAAGAGCUUCCACAAGUGCUGCUUCAACUGCAUGGUCUGCAGGAAAGGCCUAGACAGCACUACUUUGGCCAUCCACGACAAGGAGAUCUACUGCAAGUCCUGCUACGGCAAGAAGUAUGGGCCAAAAGGCUACGGCUACGGCCAGGGGGCCGGCACUCUCAACAUGGACCGUGGAGAGAGACUGGGCAUCAAACCAGAGGAGCCUCAGAGCCAUCGGCCGACUACGAACCCCAACCCCUCCAAGUUCGCCCAGAAGUUCGGCGGCUCGGAGAAGUGCGCCCGGUGUGGGGAGUCAGUCUACGCUGCAGAGAAAGUAGUCGGUGCUGGCAAGCCAUGGCAUAGAAAAUGCUUCCGAUGUGCCAAGUGUGGGAAGAGCCUGGAAUCCACCACACAGACAGAGAAGGACGGGGAGAUAUACUGCAAAGCAUGUUACGCCAAGAACUUUGGACCCAAAGGAUUUGGAUACGGACAAGGAGCAGGUGCUCUGGUUCACGCCCAGUGACCAUCACAAGCUGACUGGAACGACUGACUGACACAGACGGGAAAGACAGACAGACGAGAAAGAGAGAGAGAGAGAGAGAGAGAGACAAAGACAGGACUGACUGACUACUCCCACUAUUGUGCCUUUGUACAUUUUACCCAUCUCAGCUGCUUUGGAGAAAGCAGUUUUUAAGUAAACUUUGGAAACUAA